UCUUUACAUACUUAAUAAAUUUGUUGUUUGUUUGUUUGUUUUUAUAGGCAUAUUUUUGUAAUAUUUUAGAUAUUAUAUUUAAGACGGAAAUCAGAAAGCAUGAAAAAAAAUUGGUGAAUACUAGAGUUCUACCUCCGAAAUCAAAACAGGCCUUUUUGUGAAUGUCUGAUUGGUAUUUUAAUAUUUUCCAAAAGCUAGAAUAUAAAAUGUACUUCUAAAAAGUCUUACUAAAAACAUCAAAGUUUAUAAUUUCAACGGUUUCUUAAUACUCUUAUAUCUAAGUUGCUUUUUCCUAAUCCGUAAUGAAGGAGUACGGAGAGGUGAUAUUUGUGGAUCAGCUAAAACACUGCCGAGUCGUCGCCAGUCAGAUUGAUAAGACUCGCAUUAACUGGGAAAAAAAUAGCGCUUGGUUUGCAGAUGCGCAAAGGGAGAACUACUCUCGAUACGCGUCCAUUUACGCCGAGUGCAGGGAAAAAUACGGAGAUAAACAAUAUGGAUACUACGCCUGGAGAAACCGUCUUCGCGCAGACUACACUUUCAAGUCCAAGUCGACGGCAGGGCCUGAAAAUCGGUACAUAAAUGAAUCCAUGACCCACUUGAAAGGAUAUAAGUACCCCAAGACGACCAAUGGCGAAUAUGGCAGUGUGCGCCCAUCGGAAUUAUUUUUCUGUUUCUAAAUUCGUUUCGAGUUACAGCUUAUAUGUUAUAUUCAAAAACUUGCGAAACCCUUUUUUGUAAAUAUGUCCGUCUCAAAUAUUGAAAUAAAGUUGUAUAUCUUUAAGUACCCUCA